AAUCAGAUGACAAAAGAAACAUCGUCAUCUUCGAUUCAAAAACAAGAUCUCUCUCUCUCUCUCUCUCUCUAGAUUUUCUGCCGUCGGUUACAGAAUAUACCUUCUCCGGCUAAUAUCCGGGUACAAUUACCUCUUAUCUUUAGGUAUCCGGUGACGAUUCACUAGCGAUCUUGUUUGAGAAAACAAACAGAGAUGAGUACGGGAGAGCUUCUCAGCAUCGAACCUCAAGAGCUUCAAUUUCCUUUCGAACUGAAGAAGCAGAUCACAUGUUCCAUGCAACUAAGGAAUAAAACGGAUAGUCAUGUGGCUUUCAAGGUGAAAACUACGAAUCCGAAGAAGUACUGUGUCCGGCCUAACACUGGGAUUGUGUUGCCUCACUCUACUUGCGAUGUCAUAGUUACAAUGCAAGCUCAAAAGGAGGCUCCUCCAGACAUGCAAUGCAAGGAUAAGUUUUUGCUUCAAAGUGCAGUUGCAAGUCCUGGAACUGCACCAAAAGAUAUCACUCCAGAACUGUUUAAUAAAGAAUCAGGAAAUCAAAUGGAGGAAUGCAAGUUAAAAGUUAAUUAUGUUGCUCCACCACAACCACCUUCUCCAGUAAGAGAAGGAUCUGAAGAGGGUUCUUCUCCAAGGGGUUCAAUUUCUGAUAAUGGAACAAUAAAUAAUACUAUAGAAUCCAAUUCUGCUCCAAGAUCAUUUGCUGAAUCUCACGAAAAGUCAUCAGAGGCUAAGUCCCUUAUUUAUAAGUUGACUGAAGAGAAGAAUUCUGCUAUUCAACAAACUAACAAGCUUCACAAGGAACUGGAAUUGUUGAGACGUGAAAGCAAGAAAAGCAACGUUGGUGGUAUCCCUUUGAUAUAUGUUGUCAUCAUUGGGUUGAUUGGGUUGAUUGUGGGAUAUUUGAUCAAGUAAAAAGAAAAAGCCUAAUUCUCUUGUCAAUUUUGCCAUAGGUGUUAGUAGAAGAAGAAAAAUAUGUUCAAAAAUGGGUAACCUAAUUUGUGGUAAUUUAAGGAGAUGUUUUUUUCUAAUUGUGUCUGCUGAUUGUGUUUGAGUUAUGGGUUUUAUUUAGUAUGAUAUGGGUUGUAAUAACUUUUACAAAUGUUUAUUAUUUGGUGUGCUCCUCUUUUAUCUCUUCACUUGUAAAAUAUUUAA